UGCCGCGCGCUCCUUCCCUCUCACGCCCAUUGUACUUUUCACGGGCAGGUCCCGUUCUCGCUGGUCGACCCUAUCUAUGCUCGCCGCCUUCCUCAUUGCUCUUGCUACUCUUGAUGCUGCGCUGGCCGCCCCCGUCCCCGACUCGCCCUUCGUCUUCGCCCCGGGAGCGCCUUCACCGUCCCCACCUGUCGCCUCCGAUGCUGCUGGUCAGCCUUUCGUGCUUCCACCCCCGCCGCCUCCGCCUCCGCCUUCGUCGCCAACAGUGGAAGCUCCUGCACCGACCUCCUGGACUGCACCUGCGCAGAUGACCGAUCUCUCGGCCUUCAAUAUCACCCACUUCGCCGCCGGCUCUGCCAACGUUCGCGUCGCCACCCUCCCGCCGCUCUCUGCGCCUGCGGCCUCGUCAACCCCCGAUGUCGACGACGACGACGACGGCUUCUCCCUCCUCUCCUCAGACGACUCCUCGAACUCCACCUCACCAGACUUGACCGACUCCUCUCGCACCGCCCUCCAACUCCUCUACCCCGCCGACUCCAUCAACCCCGCCGCGCGCCCUCUCGGAGGGGCCGAAUUCUACGCCGCCCCGCUCGAUCUCAGCAACGCGUCCUCCGUCACCCUCACCUACUCCGUCUUCUUCCCCUCCACCUUCGACUGGGUCCUCGGCGGCAAGCUCCCGGGCCUCUACGGCGGCCGCGACGGCUGCUCGGGCGGCGAUCCCGCCGAGGACUGCUUCAGCACGCGACUCAUGUGGCGGAAGGGAGGGGUGGGGGAGUUGUAUCUGUAUGCCCCCAAAGACAAACAACCCGCCGCGCUCUGCGCCGACCCGCACUCCGUCUGCGACGCCGCCUACGGCCUCUCCAUCGGCCGCGGCGCCUUCCGCUUCCCCGCCGGGCAGUGGACGACCGUCUCGCAAACGGUCGCGCUCAACACACCCGGGAAGGCCGAUGGCGGGUUCGCGCUCGAUGUGAAUGGCGUACGUGUGGUGCAGAGGAGCGAUGUGUAUUAUAGGGGCACGGGGAUCAGGGCGGCUGCGGUGCCGGAUGUGGCGGGGACGACCGCGACGACGACGAAGAAGCCCAAGGCAACAUCGAAGAAAGCGAAGCCGACCUCGACGAAGCAUAAGCCGACGCCGACCGCGGCACCCGUGGACGAUCCUGAUGAUGGCGGAUUGUUAGGUAUUCUCGGGCAGCAGGAGGGCGAUGGGGAUGCGCCGGUUGGCUUCGUCUCUGAGAGCGCGGUUGACUCCGUCUCUGGGGGUACUUCUGCGAUCGUUAGCGAUGCAAACAGUGCGCAAGCCAGCGACACAUACGGCGCACAAAACCUUCUUGGCGGCGCCGACGACGACGGCGAGGGCGACUCGCUUCCGUGGGGAACUGACGACGACGAUCUGCUCGCGAGUCUUGGGACGAACGUGGCGAUUCCGAUCAGUACGACGGUGGUCUCCUCGCCCACGAGAACGGAAGUCCCAGGAGAGCCAUCGGGGAUGUACGGUCCAGGGGAGCCAUCGGGCACGUACAGUCCAGGCGAAGAAGGGCAGCAGACGGGCGCGGCUGCUGGUGCAUUGAUGGGUACGGCGGGCGCGCAAGUGCCUUGGGGGGUGUCUACGUCUGGGACGCCCUUGAUUACAUCGGCGCCCUCGCCAACGAUAACCAGUGUAGAGUCGGUAGCACCAACGACGACCACUGACGACGGCCUCGGCUUCCUCGGCUUGCAAGCCGGUGCGCAGGACGGCGAGGAUGGUCCUGAUGACGAAGGCCAAGCUUCGCCGCAUCUGGCGCGCUUUAGGGGGUUGUUCUUUAGCACUUUCUUUGGCGGGCACGAGGAAGAGUGGGCAACGCCGGUCGACCAGUAUGUACUCUUUCGGGACUUCGCCAUGGUGAAAAACGCUUGAGCGCGAGGCCAUCUGUAAUGCAAUAUACUGUGCUUUCUUCCGCGCUGCGGUCUGC